ACCCAAGCUGCUCCGCAGGAGGGAGGGACGAGCAAUCCUCAAGUGGCUAGCUUUGUUUAGGAACUUAUGGCGGAGAUAAGACGCCAAGUAUCUCCUGCCACAAGUGUACCACCUCCAUCCCCGAUGGUCUCUACUCCUGUGGCCCCUGCUCCGGUUUCCCCCGUUCCUAUCUCUUCUGCUCCUGCUGUGCCUAGCUGGAAGAUUUAUACAGAAUUCCAGAAGUUGAUGAUGCACAAGGGAUUCGAUGGUACUACAGGUUUUGAGCAGGUGGAAUCAUGGAUUACCGAGGUGGAGUGGGGAUUCUACCUGCUGCAUGUUUCUGAUGACCUUAAGGUCAAUGUAGGCACCUACAUGCUUACUGGGAAGGCAUUAACUUGGUGGGAGAGUUAUCAGAAGCUACACCAGGGAGAGCCUGAAUUGAGCACCUGGGAUGGUUUUAAGAAGGUGUUCAUGCGGGAGUACAUACCGGAUAGCAAAAGGCGAGAACUGCAAAGAGAAUUUGCAGAUUUAAAGCAAAGGUCAAGUACUGUUGAGCAGUACAAGGAGGAGUUUGACCGCUAUCUGCCUUUUGUGGGUAGCCAAGUCGGCGAUGAGCAAGCCAAGGCCGACAAAUUUUUGUGGGGCUUAAAUUCUGACAUUUAUUUGGCGGUGAACCAAUUUAAACCCGCCACUUAUCGAGAGGCUGCGGACAGAGCCAUAGAUCAUGAGAAGGCUAUGGCUAGAGUCAAGUCCUCAGGGCAGCCUAGUGGUGGGUCAUCCCUUGGGGAGAGGAAAUUCGAGGGGAGCCGUCGAUCCCAUUUCCUUGCACCGCCUAAGUCUGAAAUCAGCAAGGAAUCUAAAUGGUCAGGAGCCACCAAGACAAUGAGUCAGGCAUCAACGGCCCAACGUGCUCGUCCGGCUGAGCUUACUUGCCACGCUUGUGGGAAGGUCGGGCACACCCGGGAUCAAUGCCACAUUACUACUGGGGCUUGCUUUAAAUAUGGCAAGCAGGGACACCGGAUUGCAAAUUGUCCACUGCGAGACCCCAAAGCCCAGAGUACUCAACCUACCUCUCCGCAGAGUUCUACCAGUCAGGGAGCGCAGAAACAGAGUACUGGGGUUCGGAUAAGAGCCCAGCAGGCGAGAGUGCAAGUGAUGACUCACAAGGAAGCUGCGGCUACCGACGUAAUCACGGGAGGGGUGAUGACUACUAGGGAGGUGUGUAGAACUGUGGAUAUUUAUGUUGAUGGUAAACAGUUGAGUGCUAGUUUGUUUGUUUUAGAUAUCUCCGACUUUGAUAUUAUUUUGGGGAUGGAUUGGCUGUCAAAACACUUUGCCUCUAUAGACUGUCAUCGGAAAUGGGCUCAGAAAUAUCUUGUAAAUGGUUGCCAGGGCUUCCUAGUCUCUGUUACUGAUGCUAGUAGUGUGACAUCGAGACUAGAAGACAUACCGGUGGUGCGUGAGUUUCCGGAUGUAUUUUCGGAGGAUCUCCUAGGUUUACCUCCGGAUAGAGAGGUUGAAUUUGCUAUUGACCUUGUUCUUGGCACCGAACCUGUUUCCAAAGCACCAUAUCGUAUGGCUCCUGCAGAAUUGAAGGAGUUAAAGGUCCAACUGGAGGAACUCCUUGAGAAAGGGUUUAUACGCCCUAGUCUCAAGGGUGCUCAGGUAUUUUCUAAGAUUGAUCUUCGAUCUGGCUACCACCAGGUGAAGAUUAAACCAGAUGAUGUGCCAAAGACUACCUUUCGCACCUGUUAUGGUCAUUAUGAGUUCAUAGUCAUGCCAUUUGGCUUGACAAAUGCCCCUGCCAGAUUUAUGGAUUUGAUGAAUUGGGUGUUUAGCAAGUACCUAGAUCAGUUCGUGGUUGUCUUCAUUGACGACAUUUUGGUCUAUUCUUCUAGCCAUGCUUUUCAUGAAAAGCACUUAAGGACAGUCCUCGAGACGUUGAGAAGGGAGAGGCUGUUUGCUAAAUUCAAGAAGUGUGAAUUUUGGCUAGAUAAUGUUGCAUUCCUAGGUCACGUGGUGACUAAGGAUGGAAUCUCUGUUGACCCCCAGAAAAUUGAGGCCGUUGUUGAUUGGAAAAGGCCGAAUAGUGUUGUAGAAAUCCGUAGUUUUCUGGGAUUGGCUGGUUAUUACUGUCGAUUUGUGGGGGAUUUCUCUAGAAUUGCUCUGUCCAUGACUCGUCUUAUCAGAAAGGACACCAAGUUUGAGUGGACCCCAGAGUGUGAGAAGAGCUUUUUGACCUUGAAGGAGAAGUUGGUCACUGCUCUUGUGCUUGCACUUCCAAUUAAUGGGGAAAAAUUCACUACAUAUAGUGAUGCCUCUAAAAAGGGUUUGGGAUGUGUCUUGAUGCAAAAAGAUAGGGUUAUUGCAUAUGCUUCUCGGCAGUUAAAGCUUUAUGAAGAAAAUUACCCUACCCAUGAUCUGGAGCUGGCAGCUGUAGUAUUUGCACUCAAGAUCUGGAGGCAUUAUCUGUAUGGUGAGACUUGUGAAAUCUUCACUGAUCACAAGAGCCUUAAGUAUAUUUUCACUCAAAAGGAGCUUAAUAUGAGGCAGAGGCGAUGGCUUGAACUUUUAAAGGACUACGACUUGACCAUUAGCUACCAUCCGGGUAAAGCUAACAAGCACUACGGCUUAUCUAGCCACCCUCAGUGCACAACUGGCAUUAAUAGAUAGAAUUAAACUUGCCCAACAAAAAGAUUCCUUCUUACAAAAGAUGAAGGAAAAAGUAAGAGCCGGGGAACCCCACAUGCAAGAAUUCAGGAUUUCUGAUGAUGAGAUUCUGUGGUUUGGUGACAGGCUGUGUGUACCCAGAGAUCAUGCUUUA